AAGAAAUGUCACUUCACCAAUAAUCAAUUGAUUUUACGUUAGAUACAAAUCUUGUAUUGAAUCUAUAUGCAUAAUUUUCACAUCAAGUUGCAGGCUCUUGUUCUAACUAGCAUUUAUGUAUCAAAUGAACGGGCGAAAGCAGUCUUAGGUGAUGUUGAAAACCUUACUGAAGAGAGAGUGGAUGAGGUAUUGAGCCAAUACUUGAAAGAUUAUAAAGAGGGUUCAUGGGAAACCAAAGGCUGGCCUGCUUAUUUGUCUGCCUAUCAACUCUCAAAAGCUGCCAUGAAUUCGGACACAAGGAUUCUGGCCAAGAAGUACCCAGGUAUCUGCAUCAAUUGUGUCUGCCCUGGAUAUGUCAAAACUGAUAUAAACUAUUAUACAGGAAUCCUGAGUGUUGAAGAAGGUGCUGAAGGUCCAGUUAGAUUGGCUUUGCUGCCCCAUGGUGGCCCAUCGGGUCUCCUCUUCGAGCAAUUGGAGGAAGAAGAAUUCUGAUGAGAUUGUGGGAAAGUUGACGUUUUUCCUGUGUUUGUAGCUCGCGAUUCAUCUCAAAUCUCAAAUCAAAUUUCAAAAGUACAUUAAUAGUAUGAUGUUGAUCCAAAGAAUAAUUAGUCUGUGAUUAU